GGGUCGCCACUUCUUCUGGGACUGACGGUGGUGGGGAGAGCACUGGCAAAGGUGCUGGGGAAGCCAGACCCCGACCUGAGCUGGGGGCCACAGCCAGGCCCGCCCCCCGGCCCCCCAGGGCCCCUACCAGCCGCGGGGUUUUGGCUGAGCUGGGAGCCACUGUACUAACUGGGGUCAUGGUGAUUGGCAGCUCUACAAAAACCAUGUCCCCAGGGACCCCUCGUUGGGUUCCUGCAGCCCCGGGCUCAGGGCGGGCUCACCAGGCCUGAUUACUUGGACUCCUGGGGCCCCAGCACCCGGGUCACCAUCUCUUCAGGUGACUCUGCUGUCCGGGGACGGUGGGGAUCCAGGUGCGCUGGGCCAGGCAAGGGCUUUGGCCUCAGACCUGAGGACAGGCACUCAGCGAGGGGUCAGCGGGAGGGUGGAGGGCAUGUUUUUGUGUGGGAGAAGCAGGAGGGCAGAUGCUGUGCUACUGGUACUUCGAUGUCUGGGGCUCGGGCACCCUGGUCACUGUCUCCUCAGGGUCUACCCGGUCUCCGGACGUGUUCCCCAUCACAUCAGCGUGCCAGCUCCCGAAGAAUGACAGCUCCGUGGCCCUGGCCUGCUUAAUAACUGGGUACAACCCGAAGCCCGUGAGUGUCACCUGGUACCUGGGGACACAGAUCCAGCUGCAGAGGAGCUUCCCUGAAGCACAAGGAAAAGCAGAGAGCUACACGACCAGCAGCCAGCUCUCCACCCCUGUCCCCCUGCAGCACCAAAGCAAGUACAAAUGUGUCGUCUGGCACGUCCCCAGCAACAACAGCACGGAGAAGACCUUCCGCCGGCCGGAGUCUUGGAAGGCACAGUCCCCCUCAGUGUCCACCACACCACCCCAAACACCACCCCAAGCAGAGGGCAGCCCCUCCAAGGCAAGCAGAAUCCCAGCUGCCACCAGGAACACAGCUGCCCAGGCGCCCGUCAAGCUCUCCCUGAACCUGCUGGCCUCAUCUGCCCCUCCCGAGGUGGCCUCAUGGCUCCUGUGCAAGGUGUCCGGCUUCUCGCCCCCCGAUGUCCUCCUGACGUGGCUGCAGGACCAGCACGAGGUGAACCCUUCUUGGUUUGCCACGGCGCACCCCGCCCCACAGCCCGGGAGCACCACGUUCCAGGCCUGGAGUGUGCUUCGUGUCCCGGCCCCACCUAGCCCUCAGCCAGCCACCUACAUGUGCAAGGUCCAUCACAAGGCCUCCCAGACUCUGCUCAACGCCAGCCUGAGCCUGGAUGUCAGCUACCUGGCCACGACCCCCCCGAUCCCUCAGAGCGAGGAUGAGAACAGCGAUGACUACCCGCCCGCGGAUGACGUGGGCAGCCUGUGGACCACGCUGUCCACGUUCGUGGCCCUGUUUGUCCUCACCCUCCUCUACAGUGGCAUUGUCACCUUCAUCAAGGUGAAGUAGCUCCAGGAGAGCAGGAUGCCCUGUACCAGCAGGAAAAGGAAGCCUCUGUGCCUCACCCGUGGCUGCCAGAAAGCAGAGAGGACCUACCCUGGACUCUGCUGCGUGCGGGAAAAUGCUCCAGCCCCUGCCCCCAGCUCUGCUCUGUCUGCCACAGAACCCAGUCUUCCAGACCAGGGGAUGGGCGCCCAUCACUCCAUGGCAAGGCAGAGCACCCCUGCCCUGGCCCUGACCCCGGUGCCUCCUUCCUGUGCUUCCCCAGAGCCAGCCAGUCCCAACUGCAGUCCCCUGGCUUCCCCAUAAACACGCUUUGGUUCAUUUCA